UUUAUUAUUAAAGAUAGUGGAUCCAGGCAUGAAAUUGGAUCCAAGCAAAAACCCAGUCCAACCAGGCAGCAAAAGCGAGUGAGUGAGUGACACACCUGAAACCGAGUCAACUCGGAGGCGCAAAAGCCAAAACUCCUCUUGGGAUUUUCCAAGUGUCGCGAGUACCACGUCCACAAACACAAACACAACAAUGGAAGAACAGCAAAAGCUUAUGGAAUCAUCAUCGUACCCUUUCUACUGGGGUUUCACCCCAGAAGAAGAUUACUACAAUCAGCAAGGAAUCAAAGCCUCAAAAUCAACCUUCACCACACAACGAGGCAUCACACUCUUCACAAGAUCAUGGCUUCCAAACCCCAAUACACAACCACGGGCCUUAAUCUUCAUGGUCCACGGUUACGGCAACGACAUCUCUUGGACCUUCCAAGCCACUCCAAUUUUCCUUUCCCAGAUGGGUUUCGCUUGUUUCGCUCUCGACCUUCAAGGCCAUGGACACUCUCAAGGCCUCAAAGCCUUCGUCCCUAACGUGGACCUUGUUUUACACGAUUGCCUCUCCUUCUUCAAUUCAAUUAAACAAAACCCUCUCUUCAAAGGGUUGCCUUGUUUCCUAUAUGGCGAGUCCAUGGGUGGUGCCAUAUGCCUCUUGAUCCACUUCGCUGACCCUAAUGGGUUCCAAGGUGCCAUUUUGGUGGCACCCAUGUGUAAAAUUUCUGAUAAGGUUAGACCCAAAUGGCCAAUUCCUCAAAUUCUCACUUUUCUUGCGAGGUUCUUUCCCACUUUGCCCAUUGUGCCUACCCCGGAUCUUCUGUAUAAGUCUGUGAAGGUUGAUCACAAGAAGGUUGUAGCUGAUAUGAACCCUUUGAGGUAUAGGGGCAAACCCAGGUUGGGGACUGUGGUGGAACUCUUGAGGGUCACUGAUUUAUUGAAUGAGAGGUUGUGUGAUGUGAGUCUUCCAUUUGUGGUGUUACAUGGUAGUGAUGAUGUUGUCACUGACCCUAAUGUGAGUAGGGAGCUGUAUUGUGAAGCUAAGAGUGAGGAUAAGACCAUUAAGGUCUAUGAUGGGAUGAUGCAUUCUUUGUUAUUCGGGGAAACCGAUGAGAAUGUUGAAAUUGUUAGGAAGGAUAUUUUGUCGUGGUUGAAUGCUAGGUGCAAUGGGGAUUAGAAGGGAAGGAUUGUUUGUUAUUUAUUGGGUUUUGGUAACUGUAUGGUAUGGUAUGAAAUGUGAAUGUGUGAUGAUGAUGCAUUUGAUGAAAUUCCUUCCUCAAAUAUGUAAACAGUUUCUAUAUAAAAACUGUUCUUCUUCAAAAUACACGAGACAUUUUCUUGUACCAAAUUCAUGUGCAUGUAUAUACACAUGUUGAAAGUUUGGGACAUAAUGGGCAUACUGUGUUUUGGGGGAGUGGCAUAUGUUUUGACAAUAAGGGCGGGCAAAGGAUAGUUACACGCCUGGCAGAAAUCAUAUUUAUUUAUCCUGGUAACAACACAUUCUGAAAUAUAUUCUUCUCAAUGCAUACUAUUAUUAGUUGAAAUUUCUUGUUAACUACCAAAUUAGAAGAGAUUUAUUAAAUUAGGAGGCAGACUCUUGUAAUUUUAUAAUUUUUAAUAAACUAUAGUCAAUAAUUGGUAGAAAUAGUAUCGUUAACACUUCUCUUUAUAUCUCGUUAUUUACAAACAAAAGAUGGGAGUUUUAGAGUUGCCAUUAAGUGUAGCUAUUACCAUGAGACACGAAAGCUAAAUGCCCUAGGUUGCAGCUCUCUGCAAAAUGUAUAAAGAAACAUGUAUAAAGCGUUUAAAUGCCCUAUAGGUUGAGACACAAUUGUUUUGGAUUAAACC